AUGAUUUUUUAUUUUUUUGUUGAAUGUCUUUACAUUUUAGUUAUUUUCAAGGUAAAUAAUGUGAUUUCAUUAAGAAAUAAUAAAAUUUCGUCUAUAGAGAAUCCCGUAUCAAUUUUAAGUGAAUUAGGAGAGUAUUCAGUUAAUUUAAAAAUCACUGAAUUACAAAAAAAAAUUAAUUUCUGUUCAUCAUUGUUACUUCAAGCAAACAAUGAAUUAGUUUCAGCAAGGUUGAAACUAGCAAAAAAAAAAUCCAAUUCAUGUGAUGAUAAUAACACCCAAGAAGAGUUAGUAGACGAACUUUCUAAAAGAGUUCAAGAAAUUGGUUUUGCAUGCAAUGACUUUUUAGAUUUGCUAUUGUUGAAAAGAAUUUACUGUUUUAACAAAAUGACUUUGGAGGAUGAAAUUAGAACAGAAAUAAAAGUUAAAGAGAAAAUAGAUAAUAUUGUUAGUAACAUGAUAAUUAAAGAAGACAAUGCGCCAUUUAUAAGGUCACUGAUUUACAAAGCUAAAUGUCACGUUUUUCAGGCGAAUGAACAUUGUAAAUUGCUUACAAGUAAAUUACUUUUCUAUAUGGCUGUCACCCCAAAGGAAACCGUCGAGAAUUUCGAAAAUUUCAAGUUAGUGGAUAGAGAGGUGAGUACAAAAUAG